AUGAUCAGGCAAUGCAAUGGCAUCGGAGUGAUGGUGAGCUUGGUAAUUUGCUGCGGCCACUGUGGAUGCUCCAAGAAUCUCGGCAUUCGGGGCAGCGAAUUCAACGCCCUGUUUCAGGUAUCUGCGGCAGUACAGGCGGACUGGCAGGAUAAAAGGACAACAGGAGAAUGGCCAACUACUGUAGCGGGGAAUACGAGUUACACAAAUUCAAUUAGGCACCGGCACCGGCUGGCUGACUGGCCAUUGGUUUGCACGACGGAUGCAAUCGCGAACAGCUGGGGCCACUGGGGCGUAUACGCGAUAUUCAGGACACUCGAAACCGACGAGGCUUGCUCCGUGGCGUACGAAUGCCGUGUGAACCUGUUGCGGCUGCGAAUGCGCUGA